AUGGUGCGCGGACAUGAUAAUGCGUUUGAAGGACCAGGAGUAUACCCCUCUGGCAUCAAAUUAACCUUUAUCUUUGUGGCUCUCUGCUUGACUGUUUUCUUGGUCGCUCUGGACCAAACUAUCAUUGCUACCGCCAUCCCGACCAUCACGUCCCAAUUUCACAGCGUCGAAGAUAUUGGAUGGUACGGCAGUGCAUUUCUCCUCACGACCUGCAGCUUCCAACUUCUUUUCGGGAAGCUCUAUACCUUGCUAUCCCUAAAAUGGACUUUUAUUGGUGCCGUGUUGAUCUUCGAAGCCGGCUCUGUCAUCUGUGGCGCGAGCCCCAACUCUGUCGCCCUCAUAAUCGGACGAGCCAUUGCCGGAAUUGGAGGCGCGGGCAUCUUCUCCGGCGCAUUGAUCAUCAUUGCCAAGUCGGUCCCCCUAGCGAAGAGACCUGCUUUUACAGGAAUCAUUGGCGCUAUAUGGGGUAUAGCGAGCGUGGUAGGCCCCUUGCUAGGGGGUGCUUUUACAACUCAUGUCUCGUGGCGUUGGUGCUUCUACAUUAAUUUACCAAUAGGCGCCAUAGCCAUUCCCUUCAUACUUUUUUGCUUGCCUUCGCAGCCACCAGAAAAGCAGCUGAAGCAGGAAAGCUGGUCUGUGGUGUUAGGCCAGUUUGAUCCCGUCGGAACGAUCUUCUUCGUUGCAAGCAUCAUUUGUCUCUUAAUCGCACUUCAGUGGGGAGGGAGCCAAGAACCUUGGAGCGAUGGCCGCGAGAUCGCAUUGUUAACGGUAUUCGGUGUACUGAUUAUCGCCUGGGCAGUAGCGCAAUGGCGAGGCGGCGACAAUGCUACGGUGCCGCUUCGUAUUCUGCGGCAGCGCACGGUUGCGUUUUCGACCUUUUAUAUCUUCCUUGCGAGUGCGUCAUUCGUUUUGCUGAUUUAUUAUUUGCCGAUUUGGUUUCAGGCAAUAAAAGGCGAUUCCGCAGACCAAUCGGGCAUUCAUAACUUGCCAACGGUGUUGAGCGUUGUGGUAUUUGCCAUUGCAAGUGGACUAAGCGUCACUGUCGUGGGAUACUAUACCCCAUUCAUGAUUGCAGGAUCGAUGGUAAUGGCGAUUGGUGCGGGCCUACUUCUCCUAUUCGGAGUGGAUAUUCCCCUGUCGAUGUGGCUUGGAUUUCAAAUCGUCUUUGGCGCGGGCGCUGGUAUUGGACUCGAACUACCGAAUAUUGCCGUUCAGACAGUCCUUCCCGAAGAGGACGUCUCCAUCGGGACAUCUUUGGUGGUCUUUGCUCGAUCUCUUGGGGGCGCUAUCUUCGUCUCUGUGGGCCAGAAUAUCUUCAGCAAUCACAUUGUCUCUGGCAUGCUUGCCCGAGUUCCUGAAUUGGACCCUUCCAUUGUUCUUGAAUCCGGAGCAACUGAUCUACAGCAAACAGUUAGGCAAGCCACUUCGGGACAGGCCAAUGUGGUAGCCCGUGUAUUGGAGAUCUACAAUGAAGCCAUCGUCCAAACAUUUGUGGUUGCUUUGGUCUUAGCCUGUGUAUCCAUCAUUGGUGCCUUGGGUGUGGAGUGGCGCACCGUGAAAAAUUCUCCCAGGGGAAUGGAGUCGGAACAAGUCGAUUAA